AUGAAGCCACCAGUGUUUCAUGGUGGAAUUGAACCAUUGAAGGUAGAAGCUUGGGUAUUGGGAAUUGAGAAAUUGUUUGAAGUGUUCCCGUGUACCGAAGCCCAGAGGGUCCAGUUAGCUACAUUCACAUUGGAAGAUGACGCAAGGUGUUGGUGGAUGUUGGUCCGAAACGAUAACAAGGAUGUUACUUGGACUCAUUUUCUGGAAAUCUUCUAUGAAAAAUAUUUUCAACAAUGUGUGCGGGAUAGAAAAGUGGUUGAAUUUAUGGAACUAAAGCAGGGAAGCAAAUCAAUUGCUGAGUAUGAGGCUCAGUUCACAGAAUUAGCCCAUUUUGCGCCCCACAUGGUGGAUGCGGAUUACAAGAAGGCUAGACAGUUUGAGGGAGGUUUGCGUGACCCAAUUCUAGAUAAAAUUAAUGUACUUAAAUUGCCAACGUAUGUGGAUGUACUUGGCAGGGCACUAAUAGCAGAAAGGAAUGUGACUAACCGUAAGCAGAACUUUGAAUGGAAGGGCAGAAAACAGAAUUUUAACAAGGGGACCACAUCAAUGAGUAAGAAGUUUAAGCCGGGGAGUUCUGGUAAUACCGGUUCAAGCCAAAGUGUUAACUCAACACCAGCUUGUACUACAUGCGGAAAGGAACAUGGAGGUGUCUGCUAUCGCAUGAUGGGGGCUUGUUACCAAUGUGGAAAGAUAGGACAUAUGGCAAAGGAUUGCACACAAUCAUGA